AAGCUAGUAUAUUUAGCGCUCAAAGGGAUCUUUCAGGGUCAAGAUGCACAAAUCCGCAAAAAAAAGACAAUCCUCAAAUUGAUUAAGAAGUAUCAAAGCCUCGCCAACAUUCGAAUCCUUAUUCAACAGCACAGUUUAGACAGCUUGUGUCAAGUUGCUAAAGCUCUUCUAGAAGAGAAGGUAUUCGAGUCUACCUUGAAAGCGAAAACCCGUUUUCCGGAUGUAUUCGAAGUCUCGCCGGACCAGAGCGCAGAACGAGCCAUUUCUGAAUCUGCGGCUGCAAAACAUGAGGAUGCGGCUAUCCAGUGUGUUACAGAAGGGCAUCAAGGUGAAUCUUCGGGCCACGAGAGCGGGAUUCCAAGUGCAUCGCUAUAUCCCGUCUACCUCCCGUUUGAUGUUCAACAUCGAAUUCUCGCCAGAGUGCAACACACCCUCGAAAAGGCAUUCUAUAUCUUCGCCCAGAAGAAGCUAGGAGGCAUCCUACAAAACGAAGGCUGGGAUUGCGCGGAAGCAGUUGAGCUAAACCGGUGGCCACGAGUGCUACUUGUCCAUAAAGAAGAAUUCGACCCAGGCGCCUUAGCAGACCUGAGGACGCCUUUGCCCGACCUGCUCAAUUCAAUCACCCAACUUCGCCACGCGACAGUCCAUCGGCUCCGCCUCACAGCCAAUAGAGCAAUACAGUUCAUCAACGAUGCCGAGUCGCUGAUCGAGCUAGUCCAGGACGACGCCUAUGUGCACAUAAUCUCCACGAUACGGCGACAAACGCAAUUGACCAUUGAAGAGCUGGAACGUAACAAAGACAUGCUAGAAUCGCGAUUGGCCGAGACGAGACGGGAGUUUGCGACGAGAAGAGCCGAAUUGAAGCGGCAAGAGCUUGAAGAGAUGGAAAAUACGGUCAAUGGGGAUAGAGAGUAUGCUAUCUUUGCAGGUGCGACCCUG